CCUCGUCGCUGGCCGCCGAGACGGAGUCGGACCAUGGCUUCACAGGGCCAACCUACCCAGGGCACCUUGCUGCGAGCUGGUAUAGGAGUAGCCCUGGUGGGCCGGUUUGGGAAAGCGCCCUUAUAACCCGGCAGCAUCAGCACCUGAAUCCCCGGGCACGAAGCCACACCCACUCCUCUGGUUCUAUGGCCACCGUGCGGGAAUGGUCCUGCACCCGCUGCACGUUCCUGAACCCUGUGGGCCAGCGCCAGUGCUCCAUCUGCGAGGCCCCCCGCCAGAAGCCCGACCUCAACCACAUCCUGCGCCUCAGCGUGGAGGAGCAGAAAUGGUCCUGCGCCCGCUGCACCUUCCGGAACUACCUGGGCAAAGAGACCUGCGAGGUGUGCGGCUUCACCCCUGAGCCCGGCCCGGGGGGCUCGCCGCUCCCCAUCAUCAACGGGGUCCUGCCCAAGCCCACCGUCUUGGUGGAGCCCAAGGGGGCGUGCAAGGAGGAGGUUCCCAAAGCGGAGAGCGGCAGCGAGGACUCCGGGGGGAAGAGCCCGGAAGAGGCGGCCUUGGAGGAUGGGUGGGCUUGCCAGCGCUGCACCCUCCACAACACCCCUGUGGCCAACUCCUGCUCUGCCUGCGGGGGCCCCCGCAAGCUCUCGCUGCCCAAGAUCCCCCCAGAGGCGCUGGUCGUCCCUGAAGUCAUCGCUCCGGCCGGCUUCCAAAUCGCCCAUGCUGCCCCUCAUCCCAGCGGCACCACUGAGACCCCAGAGAGCCACCCGGUUGCCAACCCGGGCACCGCCGCCCCCGAGCAGGACAUACAGAAGAUGCCAAGCUUUAGCCUUUUCUCCCCCGGACUCCAGAAUAACCCGGUCCCCCGCAGCCGCCGAGAGGUGCCCCCGCAGCUGCAGCCCCCUGUGCCCGAGACCUCCCAGCCUCCCUCCCCGCCGGCGUCUGUGCCGAAGGCCGUCCGCUUCCAGGAGCUGCUGGCGACCAAGCGGCUGAGCGCCCUGGAGGAAGAGAUGGACGUGAGCCAGUCGCACUGGAAAUGCAGCGCCUGCUCCCUCCUCAACACCUCGGGGAGUGGCACAUGUGAGGCCUGCAGCAACCAGAAGGGCAGCGACACCAUCGACCUGGCAGGGGACUCGGUGCGCUUCACCCCCUGUGGCCCGUCCAGCCCGGACUUCACCACCUGGUCCUGCUCCAAGUGCACCCUGAAGAACCCCACCGCCUCCCAGAAGUGCAAAGUGUGCGGCUCCUCCAAGCUCCACGGCUUCCAGGAGCACGAGCUGGCCACCAAGUGCCUGGAGUGUGGCUCGGACAAGGGCGCCUGCCCGGCCUGCAGCUCCAGAGCCCCCUCGGCCCGCAAAGUGGCCCGCCUCUUCCCCUUGCAGCCCCCGGCCGCCCCAGAGAGGCCCAACCAGUGGCCCUGCCCAGCCUGCACCCUGCUGAACGAGCUCCAAGCCAAGCACUGCGCUGCCUGCCACACGCCCCAGGGGUACAUGGCGCAGCGCAAGGGGGCCAAGCCGCUCCGGCGCCGCGAGAGCAUGCACGUGGAGAAGCGGCGCCAGACCGACGAGGGCGAAGCCAAGGCGCUCUGGGAAAACAUUGUCUCCUUCUGUCAAGAGAACAAAGUCAACUUUGUGGACGACAGUUUCCCACCGGGCCCCAAGUCGGUUGGCUUCCCUGAAGGCGACAGUGUCCAGCAGCGGGUCAAGCAGUGGCUGAGGCCUCACGAGAUCAACUGCAACGUCUUCAAGGACCGCUUGGUCAAGUGGUCGGUCUUCCGGACCCCCCGGCCCUCGGACAUCCUGCAAGGGCUCCUGGGGAACUGCUGGUUCCUGAGCGCCCUGGCUGUGCUGGCAGAGAGGCCAGAGUUGGUGGAGCGGGUCAUGAUCACCCGGACCAUAUGCCCCGAGGGAGCCUACCAGGUGCGGCUUUGCAAAGACGGCACCUGGACCACUGUGCUGGUGGACGACAUGCUGCCCUGUGACGAGUGCGGAUACCUCCUCUUCUCUCAGGCCCAGAGGAAGCAGCUGUGGGUGGCCCUGAUCGAGAAGGCUCUGGCCAAACUCCACGGUUCGUACUUUGCCCUCCAGGCAGGGCGCGCCAUCGAAGGCCUGGCGACGCUCACCGGCGCCCCCUGCGAGAGCCUGAUGCUGCAGGUCAGCUCCACUAACCCUCGCGAGGAGUCCAUUGACACUGACCUCAUCUGGGCCAAAAUGCUGAGUUCUAAGGAGGCUGGUUUUCUGAUGGGCGCCUCCUGUGGAGGGGGCAACAUGAAGGUGGACGACGCAACCUACGAGAGCAUGGGGCUUCGGCCACGGCACGCAUACUCCAUAUUGGACGUACGGGACGUGCAAGGGUACAGGCUGCUACGACUCCGCAACCCCUGGGGCCGUUUUUCCUGGAACGGCAGCUGGUCUGACGAAUGGCCCCACUGGCCCGCGCACCUGCGGCACGAUCUGAUGCCCCACGGGAGCAGCGAGGGGGUCUUCUGGAUGGAGUACAGCGACUUUAUCAGGUAUUUUGACUCAGUGGACAUCUGCAAGCUCCACUCGGACUGGCACGAGGUCCGGGUCCAGGGCAUCUUCCCCAACAAGGCCAGCGGGCCCGUGACCGUCACCUCACUGACUGUGCUGGAGCGUGCCGCCUUGGAGUUCGCCCUGUUCCAGGAAGGCAGUCGGCGCUCGGACUCCGUGGACAGCCACCUGCUGGACCUGUGCAUCAUGGUCUUCCGCGCCACCUUCACCAACGGCAACAGGCUGAGCCUUGGCCGCCUGAUGGCGCACAGCAAGCGCGCCGUCAAGAAGUUCGUCAACUGCGAUGUGAUGCUGGAGCCGGGCGAGUAUGCCGUAGUGUGCUGCGCUUUCAACCACUGGAGCUCCCUGGUCUCGGGCACCUCCGCCGGCCAAGUGUCCAGUCCUACUGCAGGCAACGGGUGUCCUGCCGCUGCCGCCGACCUCUCCAGCUACAUCCUGGCCAUCUACAGCUCCCGCUUGGUGAUGGUGGAGCAGAUGGAGGCUCAGUCGACCACGUUGGCAGACGCCAUCAUCCUCCUGACGGAGAACAAGGGCGAGCGGCACGAGGGGCGCGAAGGGAUGACCUGCUACUACCUGACGCACGGCUGGGCAGGCCUCAUCGUCGUGGUGGAGAACCGGCACCCCAAGUCUUACCUGCACGUCCAGUGCGACUGCACAGACAGCUUCAAUGUGGUGUCGACGCGGGGCAGCCUGAAGACGCAGGACAGCGUGCCCCCGCUGCACAGACAGGUACUGGUGAUUCUGUCUCAGCUGGAAGGGAACGCCGGCUUCUCCAUCACCCACCGCCUGGCACACCGCAAAGCCACCCAGGCCUUCCUGAAUGACUGGAUGGCGACCAAGGGGACGCACAACCCACAGCUGACGCCCGAUGUGGCGGGGCUCCAUGGGCCCCGGCCGCUAUGACAAAUGGCCCCGCCCCCCCUGCCGCUCUUCCGCUUCUGCCUUUUCUCGGGACCCAUCUGCCUCGGGCAUUGCCCGAGCCGCCGUUACUGAGCCGUAAGGGUUGAGGAGGA